AUGGCUGUUUUCUUGGAGGAGCAGAAGAAUCCCGUCUCUCCACCACCGCCACAGCUGUUCUGCACAGCGAUGGAGCCAUUUGGCCAGGACCAGAGGUCCCUUUCUCUGCCCCUCGCCAGGCGCAGCCGCAGUGCAUACGGAGGGAGAGCCCACACGUGUGCUGUGCCCAUGGGCUUGCUUGGCCACUCCGUCCCAGACAGGAUCUGCGAGCUGAAUGUCACGUCCAAAGAGGGCGUGGGGGGGGGAUGUAGCGGGAGCCCGACUGGUACCCACCCGAGCCGCUGCUUGUGCAGAUCAGCCCCGAGGGCCACAGCAGAGGAUGACGAGUACAAGAAGUCCAGAGACAACAAAAUGCAGAGGUCGGACAGGAAGUUGGAUGUGUGUAAGGGGGUUCCUGAGGGCCAGGAGCGGGAGAAGCGCCCUCUGUCUGCGUCAGGGAUGGAGGCCUCCGGGCGGAUGAUGUUCUACCGCCACCUGGAGCGAGUGGAGACCAUGCGCUGCUACUGGGAACAGAGAGAGCAACAGUUCAAAGCAAAAAAGGACGAUGAGACGUUCCUGCUGAAGAACCUCAAGUCACAGAAGAAAAAGAAGACUCCAGAUGACGCAGAUACUGCCCAGGCUCUGCUUUCAGAAGAGGUGCAAAAACUCAAUGAAGAGAACUUCCAGUGUUUCUAUGACGACCGCAAUGAUGCUGAAACUUCUCCCUGUAACAUCCAACUCCAGGAGAGGAAAGAGGCAGUGGAUCUGGUCUCAGACAAAGACAAAGAGAACAGAGAGACAGACGCACAGCUGGGAAAACAGCGUUCAGAAGAGGUGCAAAACUUCAACCAAGAGAGCUUCCAGUAUUCCUAUGACGAUCGCAGUGAUGCUGCUGGUUCUUACGGUGACCUCCAACUCCAGGAGAAGAAAGAGGCAGUGGAUCUGGUCUCAGCUGAAGACAAAGAGAAGACAGAGACAGACGCACAGCUGGGAAAACAGCAUUCUGAAGAGGUGCAAAAAUUCAACCAAGAAAACUUCCAGUGUUCAUACGAUGACCUUAGUGAUGCUGAUGGUUCUUACAGUGACCUCCAACUCCAGGAAAAAGAGGCAGUGGAACUGGUCUCAGCUAAAGACAAAGAGAACAGAGAGACAGACGCACAGCUGGGAAAACCGCGUUCAGAAGAGGAGCAAAACCUCAACCAAGAGAGCUUCCAGUAUUCCCAUGGCAAACACAGUGAUGCUGAAAGUUCUGUCGGUGACAUGCAGCUUCAGGAGAGGAAAGAGGCAGUGGAUCUGGUCUCAGAGAAAGACAAAGAGAAGACAGACACACAGCUCUACAAACAACAUUCAGAAGAGGUGCAAAACCUCAACCAAGAGAGCUUCCAGUAUUCCAAUGACGAUCGCAGUGAUGCUGCUGGUUCUUACGGUGACCUCCAACUCCAGGAGAAGAAAGAGGCAGUGGACCUGGUCUCAGAGAAAGACAAAGAGAAGACAGAGACCGACGCACAGCUGGGAAAACAGCAUUCUGAGGAGGUGCAAAAAUUCAACCAAGAAAACUUCCAGGGUUCCUAUGACAGUCGAAGUGAUGCUGAAAGUUCUGUCUGUGACUUGCAGCUUCAGGAGAGGAAAGAGACAGUGGACCUGGUCUCAGAGAAAGACAACGAGAAGACCGACGCUCAGCUGGAAAAGCCGAUUGAGAAACACGAAGAGCUAGAAGAGGCCGUGCAAAAGCAAGAAGCUGUAAAGGGUGAGGAGAUCAAGAACGAGGAGAAGAACCAUGUGGAUCAGCCUCAGGCAUCUCUGCCUUGCAGCAGCCAAAGCGGUGAGGCGGUGCUGAGCUCUAAACGACACCUGUCUCAAGAAGACCUGCAGAGAGAGGAGCAGAAAAAGAUCUGUGUGGAGGACAGGAGGGAGGAGAAAGAGGAGGGGGAGAAAGAGAGGAGAGAGGAGGAGCAGCAGCAGGCGGCGGAGGUGAGGACCGAGGUGAUGACCGAGGAGGGGAAGAGCACUGUGGCGUCGGCGGGACUGCCGGCCGCGGGGGCGGGGCUACACACACCAGCGCUGGACGGGGAGGCGUCCACAGGGGAGUACAUCAUUGACUCCUCCCCACCUCCGCCCGCACCGUUUGAGCAUCGGAUUGUAACGACCAAAACACAGCCAAUCAACUCCUUCUAUGCCAUCAGCAUGGAUGAGAUUCUUGGAGGGGGGCGUUAUGGCCAAGUUCACAAGUGUUUAGAGAAAGCCUCCGGCAUGACGCUAGCUGCUAAGAUCAUCAAAGCAAGGAGUCCGAAAGAGAAGGACGUUGUAAGGAAUGAAAUUCAGGUGAUGAAUCAGCUGGACCACGCUAAUCUCAUCCAACUCUACGCUGCCUUUGAGACCCGUUAUGGCAUCACACUUGUACUUGAAUAUGUGGAAGGAGGGGAGCUCUUUGACAGGAUUAUAGAUGACAGCUGUAAUCUGACAGAGCUGGACACAGUGCUCUUCAUCAGGCAGAUCAGCGAAGGACUGCAGUACAUGCACAGAAUGUACAUCCUGCAUCUAGACCUGAAGCCAGAGAACAUUCUAUGUGUGAGCAGAGAGACGAACAAGAUCAAAAUCAUUGACUUCGGCCUUGCCAGGAAGUACAAACCAAGAGAGAAGUUGAAGGUAAACUUUGGCACACCAGAGUUUUUGGCCCCGGAGGUUAUUAAUUACGAUUUUGUGUCCUUCCCCACGGACAUGUGGAGCCUUGGAGUGAUUACAUAUAUGCUGCUGAGUGGUCUGUCUCCAUUCCUGGGGGACGAUGACAAUGAGACCCUGAACAAUAUCCUGGCCUGUCAGUGGAGCUUUGAUGAGGUGGCUGAAUUUGAACAGACCUCAGACGAGGCAAAAGACUUCAUCACUCGACUGCUGGUCAAGAGCAAGUGCUGGAGGAUGAGUGCGUCUCAGUCCCUAAAGCACCCCUGGCUAUCAGAUCGUGGACUUCAUUAUCGUUUGUAUGAGAGGCAAAAGCAACUGGAUCUGUCAAAAGACACCCCUCCACCACCACCACCCCCUGAAAGCUAAGCAGAAUGAAACAAUGACCUCUUAAGGUCAUGGCACAAACCAGGACCAAUCACUAUGAUGCCUGCUGUCACUUACACAGAAUGUAUUCAUUGCACACACUUACCCACACGCACACUCUCUCACAUGCUCACGCUCUCACACACACACAAACACACACAGACACACUUGUUUGAGUUCUCUUAGAGAAGACAUUCAGUCUUACACUUUCCACAUUUUUGUUUUCCUUUUUCUUUUUACAGAUUUACAUGUUUACUGACACACACCUCUCUGGAUAUUUUGGAAAGAGAGCAUGCAAAAUGAGUUUUCAAGGCCCAGAUAUAUUUAGCCACUCCUUGCAUCUGUUAGACUUCUCAUAAUGCUCCAAUUCUUUUAUGAUCAAACGUGUUGUUGUGAAAUUCACUUAUUCUGAUCUGCACGUUUAGAAAAAAUUGUUUCACUUGCAGAAAACAACCCACAAAGGCAUACCAAUUCACUGUAUGCUUAAAGAAAAAAAAAACUUGAAAUGCAUAGAUGACAAUUUACUAAACACUGACAGUAUUGAGUGCUAAUUCUGAUACACUUAAUACCAAACCAUGCACACAGUAUAAGUUCAGACAGAA